AUUGAAGUAUCUUUACAAAAGGGAAAUGAAAAUGAGAUAUCUGUAAGGGACAACCCUUCUGGACCAAUGGUUCCAACUUACCAUCUAAAACACAAUCUAUCAAAAUUCACAAACCAAUUUCAGCUGAAAUCACUUAUUUCAAUCAAAAAACUCUUCUAUACAAAUCAUUUCAGUUCUAUUUAACUUGUACUUUCAAUUCCACAAUCACAAAAAUGCCUAUGCAAACAUUAUCCAUCUGCACUAUACACCCACCUCUCGCUACCUUAUCCGCAUUCACAAAAACCCUAGAAAAUCCCUCAAUUUUCACUCUCAGAACCCCUCACAAGACAACAAACAGAAGCAGCAAUUCUUACAAAAGGAUAACUGUAUUUGCUGUUAAAGGCGAAGAAGAACAAUCAACUCCCUCAUGGGCUAAACCGGACUCCGAUGAACCACCGCCAUGGGCUCGUAAUGAAACCCAGCAAACUUCAUCUUCAUCCUCUUUCGAGCCCCCAUUCUUCGUCUACUUGCUCGCCUCUGCUAUCACCGCCAUUGCCGCUGUUGGAUCUGUUUUUGAGUAUGUGAAUCAAAAACCCGUUUUUGGAGUAUUGAAUUCCGAUAGCAUAUUUUACGCACCAGUGCUUGGAUUCUUUGCGUUUACUGGUGUUCCAACUGCUGCAUUUCUUUGGUUUAAAUCUGUUGAAGUUGCAAAUAAGGAGGCAGAGGAACAAGAUAGAAGAGAUGGUUAUCGCUAG